AUGCCAGAAUAUACACUGUCAGAAGCUGUUGUUCCAAAUGACCUCAUCUUAAUCAACGAUCGCCGCAUUGACCCCAGCAGCAAAACCGAGUACCUUCUCUAUCCAGCUAUGUUCCGCGUCCAGACAGUAUGUGGAGACAGCACAAAUCCUAGUGCCUCUUCCGUCUUUGUCCAGGAAGUCCUCCGCAAACGACUGCCAACUGCCGGGUACUGGACCAUGGAUGGUCCCGACGUUCGCUUUUUCAACGAAGAUGAGGCUGGAGAUACGGAGCGCGACUCAGACUCUGAGGAUUGUGACAAAGAUUCUUCUCUUAACAACAAUUUGCAGAAGGUCCUUGAUUCAUUUGAGAACCCAGUGAAAAUCAUCGUAAAACCGCAUGGCCGAGAUGUCCUGAAGUAUUACUACUGGGGCCACUGCCCGGAAUGCGGCGGAUCAGGCUCAUUCUGCCCCGGCUGUGGUGGUGUUAGCAGACGAUGGCCAGAUCUCUUUGGCAGUUGCGGCGUGGACCAAUCAUGCCCUGUAUGCCUUGGCUAUGACUUUGCAUAUAGGGAAAAGUUGGAGCUUCGAUAUCUGGAGCAAGCUAGCGACUCCAUCAGUUAUGCAAUCAGUGCGCUGAAGAAGCCCGACUCAUCCAAGACUAUCGAAGAAGUGCUGGCAAUGAAAGCAGAGUAUCUCUUGGGGGAAAGAGAGAGGUAUAAACUUAUCAAUGCCCAACGGGCCGAAAUGGGCAUGAAACUUCAUAAUGUGGAGAAGAUCGUGGAUAUUCUUGAUAAUCUGGAGUUCCUUUGCAUCAAGAAUGAUAAUGUCGAUGACACUGCUGACAGUGAUACUACUGGCGAAAUCGUCGAUACCGCUGGUGUUGUUUAUGUUUCUGGGGAUGUCGAUACUGCUGGUGAUAGUGGCAGUGGGAGUGACACAGCCUAA